GACACACUCUCAGUCUCGUGCAACAGGAUCAGGAACGUUUCGAUGCCCCGCCCCGGUAAAUGCACCUGUUGCACCACCUGAAGCAGAACAGCCCAGAGAUACUGGAAGCUGUGACAGGAGCAACAUGGGAGGUGUCUACUCCGGUGAAAAGAUGGACGGAGUUUUCUCCUACGAGAGUUCAGAAGUCGACUGGUGUGAAGACAACUACAAACACUCUGAACAUGUGGUGGAGUACUUCAACACUAUGAGCAGCUUUGUUUUCUUCAUUGUAUCCCCCGUCAUGCUCUACCUUCUGCACCCUUAUGCCAAAGAGAGGAGCCUCGCGAUCCAUCUUGUUUGGAUCAUGAUGAUUUUUGUAGGGAUCUUCUCAGCAUACUUCCACAUGACUCUUAGUUUUGUUGGCCAGAUGUUGGAUGAGCUGUCGAUCCUGUGGGUGUUGGCAGUGGGAUAUGCCAUAUGGUUCCCCCGCAAGCUGUUCCCUUCUUUUAUAAAAGACAGGUCCACAUUUUCAAGGCUCGUCCUGUUGGUUACUGUCAUCACCACAGUGUCAUCAUUCGUCAAGCCUACAGCCAAUGCCUACGCUUUAAACUGCUUUGGCCUCCACCUGCUCUACACUCUGGCAGUCGAGAUGAGAUGCUGCACUGACCAGAAGGCUCUGCGUCUGGCCAAGCUGUCGGUGGCUCUGUGGGUGCUCGCCAUCUCCUGCUGGAUUAGCGACCGUUUUGGCUGCAGCUUCUGGCAGCGGCUAAACUUCUGCUACCUGCACGGUAUCUGGCACAUCCUCAUUGUGAUAGCAGUGGCUUAUGGCAGCACCCUGAUAGCUUACCUGGACGCCAACUAUGAGAUACCGUAUUCACUGCCUGGACUGCAGUACUGGCCAUGUGAUAAAUGGGCUGUUGGAUUACCUCACAUUGUCCUGAAGGGCACUACCAAGACACAAAAACGGUGCUAACAAAGUCAUGUUUGACUCUGGCAGAAUAUUUCUAUUACUGAACUCCAGACAGUCCUAGUACAGAUGUUCUUUAAUGGCAAGCCACCCAAAUGAUCUCAUCAGUACCUUCUUCUUACGUCAAAGACAAAAUCUUUGGUCUCCAGCAGCAAAAAUUCAAAACAGAAAUCUAAGUCAAAUUGACUGACAUGUUUUUUAAUGCACAGACACCAAACAACAACUAAAUAUAAGUUAUGCUUCUUUUCUUAUAUUGUAAAAGGACUGUUUACACCAUGGAUGGAUUACCAAAUGGGCCUACUGCAGUUCCAUUUUUAGUUUACAUACACAAAAUAAUUUUUUAUCAUGUUGAGGUCAAACUUUAUAAAUAUCUAUUUAUGUGCUCACACAGAUGACUUUGAAUUUUUAUCCCAUAGAUUCAAACACAAUAGCAAAAACAGAACUAUGAUUUCAGUAACAUCACUGGAAUUCAAAUCUUUGCACUCUUUAGUCUCUCUUCUCUAGCCAUGGUUGUGUUUUGAGAAACCUUUUUGGGAAAUUCCCAAAUUAUGUUCAGAGAGACAGAGGCUGAGGGCAGCAGUUGACUGAGUAGACUUAUCUUGACUUUGACUUUGACUUUUUACAGAGCUGUGUGAAAUGAGGUGUGGUUUCACUGACGUUUUUCAGGUUUUAAGACGAUGACUGUCAAACAUUAUGAGUUUGUGGAUCAUAAGUGGCUUCAUCAAAUGUCUAUAGGCAGUUUGUCUUUGACUGUUGUGCAUGUGUGUUUAUACAUACAUAUAUAAAUCAUUUGCUGUUAUUUAUUUUCAAGAUGAUUCUGCACAUGACAGAUUCUAUUGAUGUACUGUAUGUUUUCUUAUGAUGAAACUAUUGUUUUUCUAAGAAACAAUAACUACUGUCAUUGUACAGUGCAAGAGUUUCUUGGAGCGAGGCACUACAGCGAAAUGUGUUUACAUGGAGUUUUAAAAUACCUCAACAUGUGGUGGUCAUGUUGACACAUACACCCUGUCCUCAGGGUUAGUUUGAAAUGUAUUACCUGAACUGGGUUUUUUUUUCUCAUUUUAAACUGAUGUAAGCUAAGUAAAUUUAUAAUUAUCUGUGUAGUAACAUGUUAGAAUUAAGAGUGCUUGACAUGAAAUGGACAUGUGUAACAUUUCAUUAUCACCUAUUUGUCCAUAUUAAAUAAUUUGCUGAUCUCUUUCUCAAUAAAAAUAGUUAAGUCUCA